UGUUCCCGGCAUCCAUUUCGUGGCGGAGGAGGAGAAGAAAGUCUGUGGCGAAGCGGCGGCGGCGGCCGCCAUGUUGGGAGCGUCGGGGCUGUUUUAGGGGGAAGGCGGCGGCGGAGGAGAGGAAGAGGAGGCCUCGCUCCGUCCGUGUUCUGCGGGGCGGCCUCGGCAGGGCCUCCCUCGAGCCCCUGUUCGCCAUGAGCGGAGGGACGCCGUACAUCGGGAGCAAGAUCAGCCUCAUCUCCAAGGCCGAGAUCCGCUACGAGGGCAUCCUCUACACCAUCGACACCGAGAACUCCACCGUCGCCUUGGCCAAAGUUCGUUCAUUCGGUACGGAAGAUAGACCGACGGAUCGGCCAAUCCCGCCUCGUGAUGAAGUAUUUGAAUACAUUAUUUUCCGUGGCAGCGAUAUCAAGGAUUUAACUGUUUGUGAGCCGCCCAAACCACAGUGCUCUCUGCCUCAGGAUCCAGCUAUUGUUCAGUCCUCUCUAGGGUCGUCUUCUACUUCUUCAUUCCAGUCGGUGGGCUCCUAUGGUCCCUUUGGCAGAAUGCCAGCCUACAGCCAGUUCAGUCCAAGUCCAUUAGUGAGCCAGCAGUUCGGUGCUGUUGGUGUUGGAAGCUCGCUGACGUCUUUUGGGGCGGAACCGUCAUCCAAUGCUAAUUUGUCCCAGAGCAAUGCAGUUGGUUCUACUUUCACAACUGAUGCAAGAUCCCUAAAAAACCAGCUCUCACAAGGGCGUUCAAGUCCUCCGUUAGACCACUUGAGAAAGAGCCCAACCCUGGAACAAGCCGUGCAGACUGCCUCAAGCCACUUAUCUGCCACAGCGCCCAUUGGCAGAAGGAGUCCUGUUUCCACCAGACCCCUGGGAGCUGCCAGCCAAAAAACAUUAGAGAAUCAAGAGCACAGAAGAGCUGAAGCACACAAGAUGUCAAGGUGUGAAGCGGAGCAUCUCAGAAAUGAGAACAAACGUCAAAUGGGGGUGCCACCUCCGGUGCGAAGGGGCCGCGGCGGUCACCGAGGAGGCAGAGGAAGGUUUGGCAUUAGACGAGAUGUCCCCAUGAAAUUUGAGAAGGACUUUGACUUCGAAAGUGCAAAUGCACAGUUCAAUAAAGAGGAAAUAGAUCGUGAAUUUCAUAAUAAGCUAAAACUGAAAGAAGAUAAACCAGAGAAGCCUAUUAAUGGGGAAGACAAAGGUGAUUCAGGUGUUGACACCCAAAAUAGUGAAGGCAAUGCAGAUGACGAUGAACCUCUUGGACCCAACUGCUACUAUGACAAAACCAAGUCCUUCUUCGAUAACAUUUCCUGUGAUGACAAUAGAGACCGAAGACCAACCUGGGCAGAGGAACGGAGACUAAACGCAGAGACAUUUGGGAUUCCGUUGCGUCCGAACCGUGGCCGAGGGGGUUUCCGAGGCAGAGGGGGAGGUGGAGGAGGAAUGGGCAACUUCCGGGGAGGAAGAGGACGUGGAGGCACGAGAGGAAGUUACGGCGCCCCUCGCGGAUUCCGCGGAGGAUUCAGAGGCGGACGUGGUGGCAGGGAGUUUGCGGAUUUUGAAUAUAGGGUAACAAAGACAACAAAGUCUCAGCAUAGUCUAUGAAGAAGUUGGAAGCCGGGCGGUCUUACGGAGAUCUUCAUGGUCCAGUGAAUGUGUUGGUCUUUGCAAAAGGGUUGCAUUCGUUUGCUGUAACACUUGUCACCAGCACUGGGGUUUGGUUUGGUUUCUUUUUUUAAUUUCAAAGGGGGGCAUGGAGCAGGAACCUUUUUGGAAUAAAAAAAAAUAAAAUAAAAAUGGUCAUUGUCAGAA